AUGGUCACCUUCUCUGCGACCCUAGGUUCCUUCGGUGGCAUCUCCUUUCUCUCAUCUUCACAAUCACAACCACUCGACUCUUGUUAUUCUAUCCUCAACCCAUUAAAUUCCCUAAAAUACCCCCGCAAGUUCCGACUUUGCCACUGGCAUCGACAUUAUAAUCACCACACUUCUAAAAUCUCCGUCUCUAUUAACGAUGAUACUCAAAUUGAUGAAGUCGACACUAUUCUUCUUCCACGCCCUUAUCAUCCUAACUCAGACGAGAGUCUUUACCAAGCUCUGAGAUCGUCAGAUUGGAAGUCUGCAAUCGCAUACAAAGAUAGUAAACUCAUUUACUACGGUAGGGUUGAGGGUUUGAAUACUGGAGGCUUGCUUAUUCGGUUUUACUCUCUCAUGGGGUUUCUCCCAUUCCCACACUUGAGCCCAGUCUAUUCAUGUCAAGAACCAGAUAAACCUAUUCAAGAUAUUGCGGAAAAAAUGAUCGGUUCCAUCUUAGCAGUAAUGGUAAUUAAAGUAGAGGAGGAGAAAAAUAAUUUGGUCUUAUCUGAAAAGCAAGCUACAUGGUCUAAAUAUUUAAAAUAUAUCAACAUAGGGGACAUUUUUGAAGCAAGAGUUGGUUCUGUUGAGAACUAUGGUGCUUUUGUUUAUCUGCGCUUCCGUGACGGUCUUUAUCACCUUACCGGGUUAAUACAUAUCUCAGAAGUGUCAUGGGAUCUAGUUCAAGAUGUAAGAGAUUUCUUAAAACCAGGCGAUGAAGUGAUUGUCAAAGUUAUUGGCAUUGAUAGUGUAAGAUUGAGGCUUAAGCUUUCAAUUAAACAGCUAGAUGAAGAUCCACUUCUAGAAACUCUGGACAAAGUAAUACCCCAGGAUGGUUCAGCUGAUUUUGGUUCUUUCAGCGGUACUAGCAGUCGCAUUGAUCCCCUACCAGGCCUUGAUACAAUUCUUGAGGAGCUACUGCAGGAAGAUGGCAUAUACGAUGCAAGAAUCAGCCGACAGGGGCUUGAAAAACAAGUGGUCUCACCAGACUUGCAGCUUUGGCUUUCUAAUGAACCUCCCUUGUACCAAAGGUUUACUCUCCUUGCUCGAGCUGGAAGACAGGUGCAGGAGAUAGUUCUGAAAACAUCACUUGAUCAGGAAGGCAUAAAAAAGGCAAUACAACGAGUAUUGGAGCGUGUUCCCUGA